CCUCCGCAUCCCCUGCUGCUGCCGCCCGCCCUUUGCAGUGCGCUCGAGAGUCCAGCUGCGGGGAUCCGAGCAAGCAAAGCAGUCGCAGCAGCAGGAAGGACACCCCACCCCACCCCCCCAAAAAAAGACAGGAGCAUCUGAGGCGCCAUGGCCCCCUCCGGGCUGAAGGCUGUCGUGGGGGAAAAAAUUAUGGCUGAUGUGAUAAAGAAGGUGAAAAAGAAGGGAGAAUGGAAGGUGCUCGUGGUGGAUCAACUGAGCAUGCGCAUGCUCUCCUCCUGCUGCAAAAUGACCGACAUCAUGACUGAAGGGAUAACAAUUGUGGAAGACAUCAACAAGCGCCGAGAGCCACUUCCCAGUCUGGAGGCUGUGUACCUCAUCACUCCAUCUGAUACGUCUGUCCGCUCACUCAUCAAUGACUUCAAGGAUCCCCCAGCUGCCAAGUACCGGGCUGCCCAUGUCUUCUUCACCGAUUCAUGCCCUGAUGCACUGUUCAAUGAGCUGGUGAAAUCCCGUGCGGCAAAAGUAGUCAAGACACUGACAGAAAUCAACAUUGCUUUCCUGCCGUACGAGUCGCAGGUGUACUCCCUGGACUCUGCUGACUCUUUCCAGAGCUUCUACAGCCCUCACAAGGCCCAGAUGAAAAACCCCAUCCUGGAGCGCCUGGCAGAGCAGAUUGCAACCCUCUGUGCCACUCUGAAAGAAUACCCCGCAGUCCGAUACAGAGGAGACUACAAAGAUAAUGCCAUGCUAGCCCAGCUGAUCCAGGACAAACUGGAUGCUUACAAGGCGGAUGAUCCAACCAUGGGUGAGGGUCCGGAUAAAGCUCGAUCCCAGCUGGUCAUCUUGGACCGCGGUUUUGACCCCAGCUCCCCAGUGCUGCACGAGCUGACAUUCCAAGCUAUGAGCUAUGACCUGCUGCCCAUUGAUAAUGAUGUUUACAAGUACGAUACGAGCGGCAUUGGGGAAGCCCGUGUAAAGGAGGUUCUGCUGGACGAAGAUGAUGAUCUCUGGGUGACCUUGCGUCACAAGCACAUUGCCGAGGUGUCCCAGGAGGUCACCCGGUCUCUGAAGGACUUCUCUUCCAGCAAAAGGAUGAACACUGGUGAGAAGACAACUAUGAGGGACCUUUCCCAGAUGCUGAAGAAGAUGCCACAAUAUCAGAAGGAGCUCAGCAAGUACUCCACUCACCUUCACUUGGCUGAGGACUGCAUGAAACACUAUCAAGGCACCGUGGAUAAGCUUUGCAGGGUUGAGCAGGAUCUGGCUAUGGGCACUGAUGCAGAGGGUGAGAAAAUCAAGGACCCCAUGCGAGCUAUUGUCCCGAUCUUGCUGGACGGGAACGUCACCACCUAUGACAAGAUCCGGAUCAUCUUGCUGUACAUCAUCCUCAAGAAUGGAAUCACUGAGGAAAACCUGAACAAGCUGAUUCAACAUGCCCAGAUCCCACCCGAGGACAGUGAGAUCAUUACCAAUUUGGGCCAUAUUGGAAUACCCAUAAUCACGGAUUCCACUCUGCGCCGCAGAAGCAAGCCUGAGAGGAAGGAGCGUAUCAGCGAACAGACCUAUCAGCUGUCUCGAUGGACCCCAGUGGUCAAGGACAUCAUGGAGGAUGCUAUUGAGGAUAAACUGGAUACAAAACACUACCCCUAUAUUUCCACCCGGUCCUCAGCCUCUUUCAGCACUACAGCAGUCAGUGCCCGCUAUGGACACUGGCACAAGAACAAGGCUCCUGGGGAAUACAGGAGCGGCCCCCGCCUCAUCAUUUUCAUCCUGGGGGGCGUGGCCCUGAGUGAGAUGCGCUGUGCUUAUGAGGUGACGCAAGCCAGUGGAAAGUGGGAGGUGCUAAUAGGUUCUACUCAUAUUCUCACUCCCACCAAAUUUCUCAUGGAUCUGAGGCACCCCGACUUCAGGGAUUCCACUAGGGUAUCUUUUGAGGAACAGGCUCCAACAAUGGAAUGAGAGCCAAAGAAACCAAAAGCUCCACGCAUAUCCUCACCCCACAGAAACUGCUGGACACACUGAAGAAGUUGAACAAAACGGAGGAAGAAAGCAGCAGUUAAAAAGAGAACCCAAACCUGCUUUCUGUCCACCCUCCCUUGCAUCCAAAAAAGCAAUCUCCCUUUCGGCAUAUCCUACCUUCCUGGCAUCAUUGCUGUCCCUGGUUUUAAUUUGCCAACCACGGAUUCAUUUCUGCCCUCUUCCUGUGUUUUUGAUGGACCUCCCCUCCCCUUCCUUCAUCUCUCUUUCAUCGUUCAUUCGAAGCAAAGGUAAAUAAGGAAACAAAAAAUAUGCAUUGUGGGGAAAAAAUAAUAUAUUCUAUAAUAUAUCUAUUAUCUUCGUAUGUAUCCGACAAAAUAAAACCACCGAACCGAACUCAUUUCUCGAAGAUCCCCACUGAUUCAUCCUUGGUGAUUAUGGUAUUUUUUUAAAUAGUGUAUUUUUUAUUUUUCUGCCUGGAUGGAUGGAUGCUCGUGAUUUAUUUAUGGCUAUGUGAUCAUGUACCUAACCUCAAAUUGCAAACUGUGAAUGCUCUCUUUUGUGUGUUAGAAUUUGCUUGCAUUUUAGACAUAGAAUAUAUCUCUUCUUUUCCCCCCUUUUGGUCCCCCGCUCCCUCUAGCUGCUCUUGUUGGGGUUGUUGUCUCGGUUUUGUAUCUCUUGAGUUCAUAAAAAGUGUAGAUGGUUGAGCUUUCGUGUGCGCGUGCGUGUGUGUUUUUCCAUCGUUGUUUUUGUGUUUUUUCUUUCUCUCGUUUUUGCAGGAGUGUGUUAAAAUGAGUGGUGUUUGAAGUUCCAGCAUAACUGGACCAGCCUUCCCCAAGCCUUAUUUUGACAAAGAAACAGCAUUUUUCAGUGGCCAAUUUUGCUUCUGAACUGGCCCAAGGAACGUUACCAAAUGAGCUUUUAACUGAGCUCUUCAGUGUAGGUUUGGGUGCGGGGGGGGGGGAGUGGAGGGCAGAUAUUUCCUUUCUAAAUUUGUGUCUUGGUGAGUGGCAGGGAUGUGCCUUUUAAUGGCUGGCAUCCUGAAUGUUUGAAUCCUAAUAGGAUCAACUGGGGCCCCAAAUUUUCCUGACCCUCCCAACUGGUAAGCACCCUUAGCUAAGGCAUGCAGUUCAUACCAGUUUAAGAAUUACUUUCUUCUUCCUGCUGCAAAUUUGUAAUUCAGGGAGAGAGAUCUAAAAGAAUUUUUAACUACAGUAUCCAGAAACAAUAGUGGAGAAGUGUAUGCCUUGAAGUUUGGCCUCUUAUUUAAUUCCCUUCUCUGCCCCUGCAUAUCUUAGGCAAGAGGCGUGUUCCAUGCAGCCUCCCUGCCCCCCAGCUCCAAUUGAAAGGAGGCAAAAGAAUUGAACUCCUGGAUGUGCACGGGAGUUAAGGGAGUAAAAGAAAUGUCCUGUGGCAAGUUGCUUUUGUUCUACUUUCCUCUAUGCACUCUUUACUACCUACUUCAGACUGGAGACAACAAACCUGGGUAUUUGGGGGGAGUGAGUUUAAAGGUGGAUUGCUCCCCAUGAUGUGCUUGCACAUCCCCCCACUUUUAUCCUUUAAACAGGUUUGACAGGUUUUUACAUUUGACAAAACCUGUCGAACCUAUUUGAGCAGAGGCAACGGCAGUAACAAAAUGUGUUUAUACCCCUAAAAUAGUGAUUCCUGUCACAGCUUUCAACCUUUUAUCUUCCUCUAGUCUCAAUUUUUCCCCCCUCUGGUGUGUUGAACAGGGCCACCUGGGGAAUCCACAUGACCUGCACUGAAUCAAUGUAUGGGGUCUUGCAGUGUUUGUGGCUGGGAAGGGAAAACCAAUGUCCCCAGUAUUCAAGAGUGGGUCAUGUUCCUUUUCCAAAUAUAAGAGGAAUGGCUUUCAAAUCAGUCAACUGGGAAGCUGGUUUGUCUUUUCAGUGGCAUCAACUGAGUGGUCUAUGCAGUUUUCAUACUCUGAGUGCAUGCCCUGAAAGGCUGCUUUGCAAUUGCAUGAUGCUGAAUUUUGUGAGCACUUUCUUGUCCCCCCUGCCCCACUUUGUUUAUAUUUCUCCUGCAGCCCUGAACAGCUUUGAAAGCUUGAAAACCGGGGGGCUGGGGAGUCAUUAAUGUAAUGUGGUUGCCCCGAGGAAGCAGAGAUUUUUUUUAAAAAAAAUCAUUAGUGAAAUGAAAGUACAAAAACCUGGCAACUUGUGGACAGACCCCAGACAAUGUCAAGUGCUUCUUGGCAAUUUAAAUGGGAAUUAUUAAACCUGGUACUCGUUUGUUCUUUUUAAGUAGGAUUUUGUUUAAAAAAAACCCAGAUCAUCCCCUUCCCCCUUGAAGUAUGGGUUUUGUCUGACUGAUUUUAUCCUCCUGGCCCCUUUCUGCAUUGGCACAGUUGAAAUGUCAUCCAUUUAGUGUUUUAUUGAUCGUUCUCAUAAUUAUUUGUGGGCUAUGGCAGGGGUCUCUUUUCUCUUUUGGGAGCCUCUCUUUUUUCUCUGUCUUUAGUUGCAGUAGACGGUAUAGCCACCUGUUCAAUAACUGUGUCUCGUGAUGUCAUGGCAAGCUUGCAGUACAGUGCUUCUCUGGAGUGUUUUUCGUUCCUCUACAAAUGCUGCAUUGAACUUCUUGUGGUUUGAGUUGUGAGUCCUCUUGCUUUCCUUGCCCCUGGCUCUUACACGGGUAUUUCCUUGCCUUCUUCAACUCUCCCAAUAGAGAAUUAAAAGGCAAAACCUCCCUAUUGCCAGGUUUUGUUUUUAGUAAUUUCUCUACUUCCUUGCUCAUGAUACUAUACACACAGACUCACAGGGCAGAGGCUGUAUCCAUUUGCACUGAUCAUUUUGUUGGGUUGUUGUCACCCCUCUCCCCCUGCUCUUUUCCUGCAAUUUUACCCCCCACCCGUUUACUUUUAGUUUAGCAAUGCAACUGCUUCAGGGUCCCCUUCUGUUAGAUGUUCUUUUUUAAAAAAUCUGUUAUUUAUAUUCAAAAGAAAAACCUAUGACUUUAUCAAAAGGAGAAAAAAACCUAUUCUUGUCAUGGAUUUUUGUUUUAACCUUGGAAUUUAAAUGUUUGGAAAUGUUGAAGCACAAACAUGCAUCAUCUCUGUAUAGCUGUCCUUCUGUAUUUAAGAAAAAGCACUUGGUCAAUAAAAAAAAUUGCUGUCCCAUC